UAAGGCAGGAAGAUGGUGGCCCCAAAGAAGACGAAAAGGUCUCUGGAGUCGAUCAACUCUAGGCUUCAGCUUGCUAUGAAAAGUGGAAAGUGUGUGCUGGGGUACCAACAGACUCUGAAGAUGGUCAGACAAGGCAAAGCGGAGUUGGGUAUCCUCGCCAACAAGUGCCCAGCUUUGAGGAAAUCGGAAAUAGAGUACUCUGCCAGGUUGGCUAAAACUGGUAUUCAUUACUACAGUGGCAAUAAUAUUGAAUUGGGCACAGCGUGUGGAAAAUACUAGAGUACGUACACUGACUGUCAUUGACCAGGUGAUUCUGAUAUUAUUAGAAGCAUGCCAGAACGGACUGGUAACAAGUAA